GAUAAAGUUAGAUGCGUGAAUUUUUAAAAAGAAAUGAAUGAUUUUAUUCGAAAUAAUAAAGUUACAGGAGUGUAUUGGUUGAAAGGUUCCGUGGAAAAUAUUAAAAUAAGAGUAAAACUCAAACCUCAAGACGGUUUGAUAUCAUUACCGAAAUUAGAGGAGUUCUCAAACAAAUCGAACGUAAGUCAUUAUGAAAAAAUCCAAGAGUACCCAUUCAAAUGGCAGGAAAAGUCGUUUUGUACGCGAGAACUGGUGCAAUACUCGGAUGUACACAAGUGCAUCACGGACACCGAACUCACGUACCACAACAUGAUUUUGAACACAUCACACGAGCCUUCGAAAGUUUUCACUUACAUUCAUGACGACUACCAUUUACCGUUUCCUAAUAGUAUAAGGAAGGAGAAGAAAUUUGAUCUGUCAUCGUGUAUGAAUAUGCUCAGAUUGAAUGAGAAGGCUGAUGAUAUCAUUCAUCAGACCAGUUCAAUGGGUCACCUGUUCAGAAGCGAGGAGAAUAUAGACACUGAAGAUGAAUGGACUGCGAUGCACGUGAUGUUGGAUAAUUCGGAAUACAACGAGGACUCUCAACUUCUGAUGAGGCAAGAGAUUCCUCUAGUUUCUCUUUACCAUAACAAAAUGCACAACUAUCUUAUUUUGUCUCCGGAUGUGAAUGAUCUGGAACUGAACCCGUAUGUUGCGGAGACAGUGUUGGGUGUGCCGCUUGGGUACGAGUACUCUGUGGAUGUGGACUUUGAGGAGAUGGGGAACUCGGAAGAAUUGACAAUUUUACUAAGGAAAUUACUAAAGAAAUGGGAAAAGAGGCACAAGUACUUGACGAGUUUUUCGAUGCCUCCUCUCGACAAGAGAGUGUAUUGUGUCUCGCUCGACAUACAGUCCGCAUCCGGUUUUGAUAUGGACGAUCUUUACCUUGAAUAUAAUAUAAAGAUUCCAGAAACAAUUCAUUGUAAUGGUGAUCUACAUGGAAGGACACACACAAGCAAAGCGCUUCGAAUACAUAACGUAGAAGAAUGGAACUUUGGGUAUAUUAUAGACCUUGGUCUGGAGAUGCCAGUAGACUUAGAGCCACCUCCAAUUCAGAUAUUUUUCGAAGUCAUAUCAACUGACUGGUGGGGUCGACAUCGUUCUGAGGGAUAUAGCUAUCUUCCUCUAACGUUAGACCUCGGGAGUUACCACAAGCGGUUAACUUGCUCUCGUCCGGAAGAAAAAGAUUGGGUGCAGGCUGAGGGUCGCAGAUUCUUUGUCGGUGGAUGUCAUUUGAUCAAAGAUUUGGAUGUAUUGGCCAAACCGCAGUUGCAGGACGCGAACUUCACCUUCACAACUACCGGCACCAUCAGUCUUCAGUGGAACAUUAUGUCCCAAACCCACAUUCCUAGAGUCGAGUACACUCCACUCCCCAGCACCAGCUCAGCAUCAGCUGUACUUCUCGGGGCGGAAGCUGUACUGCGUCAGUAUCGAAAGGCGAGGGCGAAGCUCGCAGCCGCUACUAAGGACUUGAAUGGUCCAGGGAAAGAUGGUUCUGGUGAUGGGUAGCAGAUUAAAUAAAUGUGGAAUACACGGAUGGCAUCAACUCUCACUUAAGCAAGGCUGGAUUUAUAUUCCUUAGUAUAUAAGUUUACAAAAUAUGGGAGAGAAAGAAAAACAACUUUAAUAAUUUUUUAUUCAGUGUAUAUAAAAAAAAAAAACAUAAAUACAUGACUUACACAA